GCACUUCCCAGUCAGCUCCAGAGUAAUAAGGGCCUGCGUUUAUUAUCUACCAUGCGUCUUCCGGAGCCAGGAGGGCCCUUCCUGCUCUCCCUCACCGCCUUGCCUGUCUCCUAUGUGGUGAACUCCCUUUCUGUCGUAUCAGACCCCACCUCUAUAGCUGGUAUUGGUGCCUUUGUCCUCCUUGCCUUGCUGGUUCUGUUAUUUCUAUUUCUCCAAAAAAGUCCUCCUAAGGAUCCUUUAUUCUAUGUUUUUGCUAUUUUCUCCUUCACAAGUGUCAUUGACUUGAUAAUAUGGCUGGAAGAAGGUGGCUAUAUCAGUGGGUUUAUGGAGUUUUAUAUGAAAGAGGGGGAACCAUAUCUCCGCACUGCACAUGGACUUCUCAUCUGUCUGUGGGAUGGCACUGUACAUUACAUACUCUACCUUUUAAUGUUGGCAGCCAUUGCCAGAGGGAAAAAUUACAAAGCAGUGGGUCUUUUCUGGCUGGGAUCCCUGUGCAUUAGUAUGCUUAUUUUCCUCCCUGGAAAUGUGAUUGGAAAGUAUGGGACUGAAAUACGACCUGCCUUUCUGCUUAAUGUACCCUAUGUGGCGCUACCUGUCUGGGCUGGGUUACGGAUAUUCCGUGGACGUCAUUCUCUUCCCAAAAUAUCACCUGAAAGGGUUGAGGAAGUGCACAGCCAGGGAAUCCAUCAGCGUCCUUUGGAUAUUGCUCUGAUUGUGUACCUGCUGGGAGCUAUCAUUUUUACUCUCUUCAGGGGUUUGCUUGUCCUGGAUUGCCCUUCUGACUCCUGCUUUACAUACAUCUAUCAGUAUGAGCCAUAUUUGAAGGACCCGGUAGCAUAUCCUAAGGUUCAGAUGCUGGUCUUUAUGUUCUACGUCCUACCAUUUCUUUGUAUGUCUGUUUAUGCUUUGUUAUAUCCUGGAUGCUCAUGGAUGUUGGACUGGACUUUGAUAUAUGCUGGGGCUAUUGCACAAGCCCAGUUUGCUCAUAUGGGAUCUUCACUUUAUCAUCGAACCCCCUACACAUAUCGUGUCCCUCGUGAUGCUUGGUGGGUGUUUAUGAUAUCUAACAGCCUGUACACUCUUGGGCUUCAGUUGCUUGCUUACCGUUGUCUCAGAAACCCAGCCUUCUUCCUCCAGAAAUCAUGUCACUCUGCUGAGGAUGGCAAGAAACAGAAUUAGGGUUAAAAGAGGACAGUGAAUGGACAGGCUUAUAUGGACAAGCAUGAAGGUACCUGAGAAAGACGCUAACUGUCUGCCGUGCUCUUUAUAUGUUUUGGGAAGUACAACUGGAGCCUUUUGAAAUGGAUGCUGAUCAGUAACAAAAUAUAGCAGGACUUAUUCUAAAAAAUCAUGAGUGUUUAUCAUCUGUGAUUGCACUGAAGUCUGGAAGAGAUAUGUUUGUAAAGGGAAACUAUACUUAUAUAUAGCUUCUAUUAAUUUGGUAAAGUAAUCAGCUAGCAUCACCAAGGAGCUGCACUCUCUGCUUUGUUAUAAUAAGACCCAUUGUUAAAGCCUUGUAUGAGGGUAUAGUUUCCUUUUAAAUAGUUUGCUAAAAAGUUUUUGCUUCUUUUGGAUUGUGUUUUUACUGAUGUUUCCAUAUACUUAGGCUAAAGACAGUCCAACAGUGCGAACGUCAGUCCAUAUUUUACCAUUGAUGCUAUUGCACUCAAGCACUUAGGUCAUGGCUCACUGAAACUUUUAUAACUUGAAAAUGCAACAGCUGCUCACAUGAGCCAUAAACCUUGUGCUCUCUGUUUUUGGGCUUUCAUCAAUGAUUUAAUCCUUCUCCUGUUGGAUUAUUGUGAUCCUCGAGGAUUAUCCUGGCCAUCCACCAUUGCUUUGGGCAGGUGGCAUUAGUAGUGAAUUAACAACAGUAGAGUAAUGAAGUCAUAAUUCUUGUAUUUAUUUUUUAAAAAGAAGGCCAUACAAAGAUUUUAGCAUUUAGGACAAAAAAAAACUUUUUUUGGUAAAAUAUUAGUUGCCCUGCAAAAAUGUCUGUUUUGGUAUAUUUCAAAAAUGUGAAUUUGUUAUUUUACGGACUGAAAAUAAUAUUUAUGCUCUUAAUAAUAAAAUGUCAGGUUUUUUGUGAACUGUCUUCUAUAUACUUGCCAUACAAGAGAAUAAUCAUAAACAGAACCAUUUGCUUUAAGGAUCAUUGACAUUUUUUUAUAUUAAAUAAAAGAAUUUUAAUCCCA